AUGAGAGCUUCCCUACGGCUUGCUGGUCUUGUAGCAUGCAUCAUCACCAUCGGCUGGUUCUUGCACGCUCGCCUGUACAAUCUAUCAGCAUCAGCAGUGAGCCGACUAGAUCUACCGGAAUGUCAUAAUAACGAGCUCCAUGAGAUCAGCGAAGCUAUCACGAAUGCCACGGCAACCUGGGACGAAACAUUGGAGCACCGAACCACAACUCUAGCACAAGCCGCCGCCGAAUAUCGAAGACGGCGGGGUCGCCAUCCACCUCCUGGCUUCGAUGUAUGGCACGAACGCGCCGCCCGGGCUGGGGCCGUCCUCGUAGAAGAUUUCUUCGACCAGAUCUACCAUGAUCUCGAGCUGUUCUGGGGCAUUCGGGCUUCGGACAUGCGAGCCUCAAUUGCCAAAUGGUCGCCAUUCUUCCAGAUUCGCAAUGGCAAGGCCUCAGAAAUCUCCGGAGGUCGAGCAAGAUCGAGAUCAUGGGCGGGUCUGGUGGCUAGCAUAGCUCGAGAUCUGCCAGAUAUGGACCUAGCACUGAACGGCCUGGACGAACCGAUCGUGAUAGCCUCAUGGAAGACCGUGGACAACGCAAUGUAUCAUGCUUCGAUUCAAGCCAAACGAAUGGAGGCCAUACCGUUGGCGGAAUUUUCGCAGACCUUCGCAGCUAGUCGAACCAAUCCGCAGUCUGUUCCUGGACACAAACCGAAACCACGAGCUAGGUGGAACUCGAAGCGGGACAAAUUCCAUGAGGCCAUCCGGGGAGCGUGUCCUCCUGAGUCGACAUUGAGGAAGAACGGUACCGGGCUUGAUCAUCACAGCAACAUGCCGAUAGGACUUCCAGGGAAUAUCACUUCACAGAGGGACCUCUGUGAGCAACCAGAGUUGAUGACGAGUCAUGGCUACCUCUUAAGUCCGGACUCUAUCAACUUCACUACCUCCCCCAUCCCAAUCUUCAGCACUGCCAAGACCAGGGUUAACAAUGACAUCCUGCUCCCAGAUCCUGCUUACUACGAAAAUAAAGCACACUCCGGCAAAGACUUCUGGGGCGACUGGAGUAACAGCUUCGCGUGGCAGGACAAAGUCCACGGCCUCAUCUGGAGAGGAGCUGGGACUGGAGGCGCAAAUUGCAUCAAUGAGUACUCCAAAUAUCAUCGGCAUCGAUUCGUGGCUCGUCUCAAUGCGACAUCCAUCGAUAAUCAUUACGACUCGGAUACGACCUUCACAUCAUGGCUUCCUGGUCAUGCUAACGCAUCCUUCACCCGGCUAUUCUGCGAUAAGAUCACCUCGGUUGCAGAACACUUCAGCGUCGCGAAGUCUAUGAAGAUGAGUUCCCAGUACAAAUGGAAGUACCUGCCAGACAUCGACGGCAACACUCUGUCAGGCCGAUUUCGGGCUUUUAUGCGUAGCAACAGUGCGGUCAUGAAAGCGACCAUCUUCACAGAGUGGCAUGACGCUCGACUGAUGCCUUGGAAGCAUUAUAUACCCCUCGAGAUGUCUUACGGCAACAUUUAUGAGAUCAUGAAGUACUUUUUGGGAUAUCCUGGUCAGUGUGCACAUGAUAGAGAAGGUGAGAGAAUUGCGAGGGAGGGAAGGGAGUGGGCGGAGAAAGUACUGAGGAAGGAGGACAUGCUGAUCUAUGUGCAUCGUCUGCUGUUGGAAUAUGCUCGCAUUGUGGAUGAUGAUCGGGAUAGGCUGGGUUAUGUCCAGGACUUGCUGGAUGAAAGAAACUGA